AUGCCUGGAUUCACCUGUUGUGUCCCUGGCUGUUAUAACAACUCGCAACGGGACAAAGAUAAACGUUUUUACAUCUUUCCAAAGGAUAAGACACUGAGAGAGACCUGGCUCAAGAACAUCUCUAGAAACGGUGUUAAUGGAUGCUUCAGUACUUUCCAGCCCACCACAGGUCACCGAGUCUGUAGUGCUCAUUUUGUGGGCGGAAGAAAGACAUACACGACCCGUAUCCCCACUAUAUUUCCACUUUGGGGAGUAAACGAAAAGAGAAGAAGACGACGGAAGAAACCUGCCGCCCUUCUGCCUAGUAUCACAAACGUUAAUCCCAAUGUUGACGACGUGGGUCUUCACAGUGAAGCUAAAGAGGGAAUAGAAGAUCUACAGGACGGAGAAAAUGGUUUGGACGUUAAACCGAUCCUUUUAUCUGCUGAGACUAUCGAAAAUUGCCAAACUGCUGUCGUGUCCUGCGCCGUUACAGACUGUAAUACCGAUCUUCAGCCUGUUGUAACCACCACUUCAGCUGAUAAACAAAGUGCGCCUGCCUUAGACACGAGUUUACAAAGUUUGGUGGACCAUCCAUACUCUGUUCCUAGUGGAACCACUGCUCUCGAUAUGCUUAAAAAACUGAAUGAACAGCGGGACAUCAUCGCUUCGAUGGAGGCAACUAUGAAGGAGCUUGGUUCAACGAUUCAUCAUCUCAGAGUGACUGAGGCUAAGCUUUUAGAACAAAUCAGGGAGAGGGAUGCAUUACUGUCCGGAACUUUCCUACCAAAGAAAUAUCCUCGAAAUUUGCAAGCGAUGCCCAUAUGAACCGACUGAUUUGUCAGUUAAGUCAACAAGGUCGAAAUGCAACUCUGUAUGCACAUUCAUUUCGAGAUUAUGAUUGCCAUUAUGUGUCACAAAAAAAUUGGUCAAUUAACUAAAGUCAGACAUUAAACGCUUGUUUUCUUCUCAUGUUACAAAAACAUCAUUUGAAUAACAGAGAGUGUUGAUUCGAUCAACCAGCUGUAAUUGUAUUGUCAGAUUUGCAAACUAUAGUAACAGAAAUGCACAAUUUCUGGUCAAAACUGUCACCUGGUUACGUCUAGGAGUAGCAACGAGUAGCCUAAAUGACAAUCUGCUCUGUUUAUGUUUUAAACACUGCCCAACUGAUUUAUGCUGGUGAA